AUGUCAACCACAGGAGAUUUCGCUGGCGCCGCCCCGAUGGCGCCGGCCCCUCACGGCCCAGGGCCGUCCUACCUUCCCAGUCAACGCCACGCCCACGCCGGCCUGACCUCGAACCUCCUCGACGUCGGCAUCCUGAGGAGCACCAUACUCCCAUCAUUCGGCCUCCACUCAGGUCUUUCAGUCGCCGCCUACCUCGCCGGCCGCGCCACCAACCGCCUCGAGACCAAGGACUGGCUUUGGCCCAGCGGCAUGGUCCUGAACGCCUGGUGGGCAGCCAUCGGUCGCCACGUCGCCGACGGGGUUCCCGUGGCCGACGCCUGGAACUCGCUGCAGCGGCCCGAGAAGCUUCUGCUUGCCGCCUUUAGCGUCUGGGGCGGUCGGCUCAUGUGGCGAAUCGCCAGGCGCUCGGUGCAGCGCGGCAAGGAUGAGCCGCGCUACGAGCCGGCAAAGAAGGAUCCCCGGUUCUGGGGCCUCAAGGCCUUCCUAGGCGUCUAUCUCCCCGAGGCGCUGUUCCAGACCGCCAUCACCCUGCCGUUCUCGCUACUCUUCCGCACGUCGGCGCAGGAUCGCGGCGUUUCAUGGCUCGUUGCUGGGGCUGGAGCGCCCGCGUGGAUGAGCGCCGUGGCUGUCGGUGUCUUUGGUGCCGGCUUCGCGCUCGAGACCUUGGCGGAUCUGCAGCUUGACCGGUUCAAGGCGAGGAGCGUCGGGACCGAGACAGAGAUGUGCAAAGACGGUGUUUGGAGCCUUGUUAGGCAUCCCAACUAUCUGGGUGAUGCACUUGUUCACUUCUCUUUCCCUCUGUUCCUAUACGGGAACAACCUUCUUUCCCACCCAUUGGCAGUCUGUGGUUCGAUUGCCAACUACUUGUUCUUGCGCUAUUUUGGUGGGGACAAGGAGAACGAGGCAAGCCAGGAGGAGCGAUACACCAAGGAGAACCAGACCAAGAAGGUCGAUUUCCAGAGAUACCAGCAGGAAGUGAACUCCUUCUGGCCUGGCUUUGAGGCGGUGACGAACAAGUGGACUUGGAUCGUUGCGGGAUGUGGUGUUGCAGCGGCAGCUCUGGAGCAAGCCAUGAGGUAGACAAGGGGUUAUCCCUCAUGGGCAAAAGGAAUUGUCAUGUUUUUGAGUAAUUGCAUUGUAUGCAAUCUCAUUGAGUGUAUAGUAAUGUUUUACGAGUUUCCCG